UGCAGGGCCUCUUUUAGAUGUUUUCUUUCUGAGGUAGGGAAAGUGGCUCAAAGCUUCAAAUACAUUAGAAACCAAUUAAAUUAAGCUCUUUGUGCGAUGUUGAUAUACCUGUGUGGUGCUGUAAACUUUUUGCAACUAUAAUUAAAAAAAAACCUCGCUAACUUCCGGCCGCAGCGGUAUCCCCUCUAGCAACAUUGCUCACCUGUAGGCGCGAACUUCACCUGUAUUUCCUGCACCUGCGCGUUCACGAGCUCCGCCCACGCGAAACUCGAGUGUAGUGAGGAGGAGAUGUUGUUACUCAUGCCGGAUGGACGGAUGAAACACCUCACAAACACUUCAGCUUUUCCCUGUGUCACUUUAUACCGAUACCAGACAACAACAACAACAACAAUACACGAGUGGACGGUUGACGUGAAGUGAUGGAGGUGAAGGGCUGCAGGUCAGAGGUGGAGGUGUUCAGGAGGUCUCCAGUUGAGACGGUGCCCAGGAGGCAUUCAGUGUCUGUCAAAUAUUCUCCAUCUUCACAAAACCUUCAGAUGUCAACACCUCGCUCGUCGCUUCCUCUGAACAUCAGAAACUCACACAGCGUUUCGUCUAAAGGGGAAUUUCGAGCUUCAUCCGCUCCUCUGAUUCCCAAUCCGUUUCCGGAGCUCUGCAGUCCGACACAGUCUCCUGUGCUGACCGGCUCUCUGGGCGUCAGGGAUCCUCCGUCUGACAGCAGCACACAUGUGGUUCGGGUAUUCAGCGAUGCCACUCACUGCCGUUCAGUCCUGGUCUCCUCCAGAGCGACAGCACAUGAUGUCUGUCAGAUGCUGGCUCAGAGCGCACACUGCACAGAUGAGGAAAGCUGGGCUCUCAUUGAACAUCAUACUGCUUUAGGCCUGGAGCGCUGUCUGGAAGACCAUGAGCUUGUGCUGCAGGUUCAGUCCUCCUGGCCUGUAGAGGGCGACACUAAACUGCUCUUCCGCAAAAACUACGCCAAGUACGAGUUCUUCAAGAAACCUGUGUCAUUUUUCCCAGAGCACAUGAUCUCUGACAGCGCUGAUGUCACUAAAGGCAUGACAUCAUCAGAGCUGGUCCAGAAUAUGGUGAAGAGCGGCUCCUGUCCGGAGAUUCAGGGCUUUCUGCAUGUGAGAGAGGGUGGAAAGAAAUCCUGGAAGAAACUGUAUUUUGUUUUGCGGCGGUCUGGGCUGUACUGCUCCAGCAAAGGACAGUCGAAGGAACCUCGGCACCUGCAGUUUACUGGAGAUCUGGAAGAUCUGAAUGUGUUUACAGUGUUCACUGGCCGAAAACAUUACGGGGCACCAGGAGAACACGUCUUCUGCAUUAAGUCUUCAAAAGAGCGGUUUCGCGGGCAGGAUUUGAAGCUGAUGUGUGCCGACAGUGAGCAGAGUCGAACGUGCUGGAUAACGGCCUUCAGGUUGUUUAAGCAUGGGACACAACUUCAGCAAAACUACCAGCUCUCCCAGUCCAGACUUCACAAACCAUCCAAACCAGACUCCAAGUUCACAGACCGGGACGAGUCGAUGGUGGCCAUGGAUUUUUCAGGGAAGAGCGGCGGCCGAGUGAUUCAGAACCCACACGAGGCCCACAAUGCAGAGCAGGAGGAAGGACACAGCUGGAGGAAAAGAGAAGCUUUGCGUCACAGUUUACCCCCCAACAGCCACGGCUCACAGCUGCCCGCGGUUCACCGGGUCCAGCCAUGGUUUCAUGGGGGCGUGUCUCGAACUAAAGCUGAAAGGCUAUUGGAGGAGCAGGGAGGAGUGGACGGGAUGUAUUUGAUUCGUGACAGUCAGCUUCACGUGCAGUGCUUUGUGCUUUCACUGUGGCAUGAACUCAAGACAAAACACUACCUCAUCAUUCCUUUGGAGAAGGGCGACAGGCAGUACUUCACUAUGGAUGAUGGAGUCACACUGUUCUCAGACCUGCUGCAGUUGGUGGAGUUUCACCAGAUCAACCGCGGUACUUUACCCGUGUGUCUCAAGCACCCCUGCACAUGCAUAGCUCUCUGAACAUUCACCUCAAAGCCUGAACCUAAAUGACCAAGCACCUUUACAGCUUUCAGUUUACUCCCGCCGGAUGUCAGGACAUUCACGCUAAAGCAAAAACAAGUUAUAUUUAUAUUAGAUGUAGUAAUCAUGAGCUCUAGCAGAGUUCAGUCUCCAGUCCUGCUUAUAAAAUUGAAAUGACAUUUGGUCACUUCAGUCGUUCUGUCUGGAUCACAGAAGGAUAAUCUGAAGGAAACUUCCUACUGUUUUUUUAUUCACCACUAGGAGGCGCAAUCACUCUAUGCAUAGCUUUAUAUGCAGAACCCUCCAUUUAGCAAAUAUGAGGCAUUCAGGGAUAUAAAUAUAUAAAGUUGAAGUCAAAAUUAUUCGCCCUCCUGUGAAUUUUUUAUAUUUUCCAAAUGAUAUUUAA